AUGAGGGACUUCCCGUCCUGCUUCGGGGAGAGCGGCGUCCAGAUCGCGGACGCGGCGUCGUCAUCUACGUCGAGCGCGGGCACCAAGGGCGGCGCGGCGCAGAACCUGGUCACCUGCCUCUACCGGGCGCAGCUCGCCGGCCGGCCCUGCGCGAUCUCGGUCACCUGGAGCCGGAGCCUCAUGGGGCAAGGGCUCAGCGUCGGCGUCGACGACCUCUCCGGCUCCGGCUCCGGCUCCGGGCAGUGCCUCUGCAAGGCGGACAUCAAGCCCUGGCUCUUCUCCAAGAAGAAGGGGUCCAGGAGCCUGGACGCCGACGGCGGCAAGGUGGACAUCUUCUGGGACCUGUCGGGCGCCAGGUUCGGCGCGGGGCCGGAGCCACUAGAGGGGUUCUACGUCGCCGUGGUGUUCGACCUCGAGCUGGCGCUCCUGCUCGGGGACAUGAGGAAGGAGGCCUACCGGAAGACCGGCGCCACCCGGCCCGUGUCCAACGCCGCGUUCGUGGCCAGGAGGGAGCACAUUUACGGCAAGAAGCUCUACUCCGCCAAGGCGCAGUUCUGCGACAAUGGCCAGUUCCAUGAUCUCGUGAUAGAGUGCGACACCCUUGGCCUCAAGGAUCCCUGCCUCGAGAUACGGAUCGACAAGAAGCCCGUCAUGCAGGUGAAGAGGCUGGCCUGGAAGUUCAGGGGCAACCAGACCAUCCUCGUCGACGGCCUGCCGGUCGAGGUGUUCUGGGACGUCCACAGCUGGCUCUUCGGGUCGACGACCAGCAAUGCGGUCUUCAUGUUCCAGACAUGUCAAGCGCCUGAGAAGUCGAUGCCGUGGUCCUACUCGCAGAUUUUCAGGGAGUCUAGAGCACAAGGUCUUGGCUUCUCGCUCAUCCUCUAUGCGUGGAAGAUCGAGUAGGCGUUUGCAGGGCAACAAUUUGCUUCUGCACCUGCCUCCUUCCUAGUGCUAACAAGCUGUUUC